AUGAACAAAAUUGAUAUUGAAACAGAAAGACCUCGUGGUUUACCUGAUUCUUGUGCAGUAGUUUUACGUUAUGUACCAGCUGAUUUAUCAAGGAAAUUUGUUAUUCAAGAAAUAUCAAGAUCAAUUAUAUCAGCUAUAGAAUUGGCAAAAAUUAAUUAUCAUUGUCCUAGUUCUACAGAUGAUUUUAGAUUUUGUAUUACAGCUGAAAACUAA